GAUUGUUGAGGUCACGGCCACCAGGGUUAUUUGCAUAGACAUCAAUCAAUCAAUCAAUCAAUCAAUCCAUUCUCUUCAUGCGUCACCUGUGUCUGUCUAUCCACCUGCUCAUACCUCUCUUAUAUCUAUCCACCUACCCUGCCCUCUGCCCUCUGCCCUCUGCCCUCUGCCUACCUAUCCAACCAUCCUCCUCUCACACGAACGAAACGUCGAUACAAUUUCCGAACAAUUGCAGAUCUACUGACAAGGCAGGCGGCUGGCUGGGGACGGUAUUGUUAAACUCGUAAUGAGUACCUGAGAACCCUGCCUGUCUAGCUCACAUUCGAUGACCUAGCACUCGAUUUACAUAAGGUUGCGUUACUUUACUUUCCUGUCGUGGGUAUCAAGCGCACCCUCACAUUGCGAAUGGUAUGCUCAGGUUCAUCCAUUCGUUCCAUCGUCCCAUCGUCCCAUCGUCUACGAUAGCAUACGGGGAAGGCAUGAAUGCCAUCUGCCCUUUCAUGCCAUAGAUCCUACAUUGCAAUCGGUCCCUGUACCGUUCUUGUCUGGCCCGCAGCACAAAGAGCGCAGGUAAGGUUCUCACUCAUUCGUCGUUCGUUGAGCUAAGACCAUCACUCAUCCAUCCGUCAACUCUAAACUAUCACAUUGAUUCGAGUUUCGAGUCCACACCCACCCCAUCGUCAGACAAAUAAAUUAAACCAAACCAACCUCUCUCCUCUCUCCUCCCUCGCCCCCUGGUCGUCUUUUUAUAUAAUUCGCCCUUCUCUUUAUCUACAAACACUCACCGAGAAAAGACUCCAUACCGUACCCAGUAUAUCUUCAAGCCCCAAUUGGCAAGCCGCUCAGCGAUUUAUAUUAGAUCACACGAAACAAACAAAAAUUCUUCAAAACAAUAAGCUUUGUUCGCCAUCAAAGACCCGGCCUCCAAGAAAAAACGAGGAAGAAGAAAAAAAGCAUUAUUGAGCUUGCCUCGGGUGAUUUCUGUCUCACUAACAACUUCAACCAUCCGCUUUUCUGAGUGGGCUGUGGAGACUCGGUACUGUUCUUGACGGCAUUUCGAUAAUAUAUCCUCUUCACGUCCAUUUUCGUCACGACCUCAACUAUCCUCGAUCAAUCUUAUUCGCAUUGCCUAGCGCUUCCUUACGACUUAUACUUACGAUAACCCCGAGUCGAAUAAUCCCGGCCCGAACAUUCCCAUUUUCCACAAUACAAUUGUACGCAUUGGAUUGGACAGCCUCGUGAAAUCGUGUUGGAUAUCGAAGUUGGACUGGGACUAGGACGGAGACGGAGACUACGCAUAACGUCACACCUCAAUUAAUAAGUGACGACACAACUCUUGAAAACAACCGGCGAAGAAUAUAUAAAUCACAAGAUCAACCAUCGUCGCAAGUCUAUUCAUCGAAACAUCUCAAAGGAAAGGCGGGGGCUGCUGAAGCAGCCAGCCAGGAGAAGCAGGAUGGGUGCUUGCAUGAGCUCGAAUGUGGAGGACACGGAACAGAGGAAGAGGAGUCAAAUGAUUGAUAAGAAACUCGAGGAGGACUCGAAGAGACUUCGAAGAGAAUGCAAAAUCCUUCUACUAGGUUCGGGCGAGAGUGGUAAAUCAACCAUAGUCAAGCAGAUGAAAAUCAUACACCAGAAUGGCUACACCAUUGAUGAGUUGGCUUUGUACCGGUUAACGAUCUACAAAAAUUUGAUUGAUUGUGCAAAGGCAUUGGUUGGUGCAAUGCGACAGAUGGAGAUCGAGCCAGAGAAUCCAGCGAACAAGGAAUACGGCUCAUUUUUGUUGGAGUAUAUUGUCGACCCUGAUCCUCAUACACCACUUAAUCCCAGAGUUGGCACGGCUGUGGCAUCGUUCUGGAAGGAUGGGCACAUAGAUCUUUUAUUGGCUAGACAGAGUGAAUUCUAUUUGAUGGAUUCGGCACCUUAUUUCUUCGAAGAAGCCGGAAGGAUUGCAGCACACAAUUAUAUUCCUACCGAGGCCGAUGUUUUGAGGGCUAGAACAAAAACAACCGGUAUCUACGAGACAAGAUUCACCAUGGGCUCUUUGAGUAUUCAUAUGUUUGAUGUUGGUGGCCAGAGAAGUGAGAGAAAGAAGUGGAUUCAUUGUUUCGAGAAUGUAACGUCAAUCAUUUUUUGCGUUGCGUUAAGUGAAUACGAUCAGGUUCUUUUGGAGGAGAGUAAUCAGAAUCGUAUGAUGGAGAGUCUCGUCUUGUUCGACUCGGUUGUCAACUCAAGAUGGUUCAUGCGUACCAGUAUCAUUCUCUUUCUCAACAAGGUUGAUUUGUUUAAACAAAAGCUCGGUCGAUCACCUCUCGAAACCUACUUCCCAGAUUAUUCUGGUGGAAACGACUUGAAUAGAGCAGCAAAGUAUCUGCUUUGGAGAUUCAAUCAGGUUAAUAGGGCUCAUCUGAAUCUAUAUCCACAUCUCACGCAAGCUACUGAUACAUCGAAUAUUCGACUAGUAUUCGCUGCCGUUAAAGAGACCAUAUUACAAAAUGCUCUCAAAGACUCGGGCAUACUCUAAUCAGAUGGGAGUAUAGCUCAUGAUGAAUAAUGUCUUAAUUUAUAUAAUCCAUUUCAUAGUGACUGGAAACUGGCGUUUGGUUUAGGAGUUUUAGGGAAGGAUGUGUGAUAAAGAUUACAAGGUGUAUGCUGCAUGAUCUGGGUUUGGAUGACUGGAAAGGGGGUGGCAUUGCACGAACAAUGACUUCUAUGUCGCUUGAAUUAGGUUGGCGGGGUGAGGGUACUGCCGGCAUCCAUGACUUUUACAUAUGUGCGGGAUUACAUAUUGCAAUUGUGAGGAGUUUAAAGGCCAAAUGGUCUAUGGGAAAUCGAUUGAUUGGAAUUAGGGAAAAGCCUGGACGAAAUGGGUAGGUGGUCUGGGUUCAGCGUAUUAGCAUUUGCAGGUUUACAAUAAGGAUACUGUCAUAUUGGGGGGGAGGGGAAGGGGGUGAAAGAUGGAUUUGAUAUUACAAUGACAGUGUAGAAGGUUGAUAGCCAACGAUCAUAUUAGUUCAGUGUCGAUUAUUCUGGCACAUGGAUGAACAAAUAAUUAUUGAAAAGAUUUUAUGAUAUUUAUUCA